AUGUCAACAACAAACUUAUUUAUCGAUAAAACACAACAUCCAACCAAAGAUCAGGGAAUAAUAGACAUAGGUAAGAAUUGCAGUUAUUGUAACCAACUAGACUUUCUCCCCUUUGUCUGUGAGUUCUGCAAACAGACAUUCUGUUCCAACCACCGCAAGAUUGAUCAGCAUGAUUGUGUCAACAGAGACAUGUUUGAUCGCUCACCAACCAGAUCAGUGAGUCCGCCACUGGGUGUGUCUUCCAAGACCUUAUUCCCUGAUCGUGAAGCCGACAAAAAGAGAAUCAACGAGAGAUUGCACAGCCAAUCACCUAGACCAACAACAAUCUUGGAAAAGCUGUUUAGAGUAGGUGAUGCUGCCAAGGGCAAUUCCAGUGCAUUCAAAAAGUUUCAAAAAUUCUUGACCAUACAGAACACCACUAAAGCUGGAGGCGUGUUUAAGAUAUUCAAGAGUAGUAGUGCUUCGAAGAGUAACUAUGCGGAAAUAGCCACCCUCAAGAAGGUCGCCAAGGGAGAUGCGAAAAUCAGUGCUGCCGACAGAAUCUACGUGUGGGUAUUGUACAUUAGUAAUCCUGAGGAAAAACUCGACAUUCAACAAAACAGAAAGGCGGUGUUUAUAAAUAAGAACUGGGUGGUGGGUAGAUCACUAGAUUCCAUUGCUGAUGCGUUGCACAUUACUAAUAAAAAUAAUGUGGUGACUGCUGCAGAAGAUAAAUUGAAUAUUUUCAAGUUGGAGAAUGACGAGCCGAAAGUUGUUGCUACCAGUGCCAAGCUGAGUUUUAGAAAUGGCGAUACUUUAUAUUUAGUUAGAGGAAGUAUAUAG